AUGAUCGAGAGCGGGGUCCCUUCGAGCGAGAUCCUGGAAGCUAUCCGGAGCGGCUCGGAAGGCGAUCGACCCUUGGAGUUCCAAGGAGAGUUAGGCGACGCGGAAGACACCGCAGUGAAAUCUCAGUCGGAGGAGCGGCCACCUGAGAGUUCCCGGGUGGGCCCUCCAGGAUGGGCGUCAGAAAAGAAGGCGGAGAAGCCCUCUAGGGUGCCCGCAGGUUCAGAGGGCUCUUCUUCCGCCGCUUCCACGCCACAUCUGUCAUCAGAUCGUUCUUCCCGGGAUGCACCCACCUGGGCGCUCGGGGCGGCGCACUCGCCCCUUGGCUUCGUCAAGAAGGCCAGCAACCCAACCCCUCCAGCUCCGCAGGUGCGAGUGAAGGAGGAGGAGACGGAAGAGAAGCCACGACCAUCGUCAGGCGCCAGAGUGGUGGAGCCGGAGUUGGACCCGGAGCAAGUCGCUAGAGGACUGGGCGAAGUUGGAAUCUUCGGAGAGUUCUCCAAGAAGGCGGGCCGGCCUCCCGACCCAGAAGCCCGGACUUCCCAGACGGUGCCGUAUACCCUGGAGGGCCGGGAGUUAGACAGCAUGCAACAGCCCGAUUGGGCCACGGUCGAGACCCUCAUUGAGGAGGACAGGCUACCUAAGUCCGGCGGGGCGAUUUUGGGCGUGGAAGCCAUGACGCGCGCCGUCGUAUGCACGGAGGAUCAACAGGGAGAACGCCAGAUCAGCGGAGACUGUGCGGUCCCUGUCACCGAACUCCCACCUGCGCUGCGGGGCGCGGGAGCUGAAGACCUGGAGGAGCUUGAGGUGACCCUGGAGAAGGAGAAGGAGACCAAGACGAAACACUACCGAGAUCAUCCGCUGGAGCAAGUUGAGACCACACCCAACGGAGUUGAGCUGGGGCCGGACUCCGACGACAGCGAAGGCGAUCCAGCGGCUACCGAUUUGGAGAUGCACCAUACUUUCGUGCAGCUGGCCUCAGGAGGAUCAAGGUUCGCAGAACUGCAAGUGGACCACAGCUGGGGCGUGGACUAUAAGCUCUGCAACAAGUGCUUCGGAAAGAACGCAGAGUCAUCCACGUGCCCCUUGCUAUGUGACUUCGUGUUGGUGAAGGGCGGCCGGGCUGUCCUUCGCUGCGGGCGGCGAUGCAGGGGCGAUCAAGUACAAGGGCACCUGAACCCAAGUGAGCCAGGCUUCGACCUCUCGAGUAGGUCACGCGCGCAGGCCGUGGAGGCGGCCAAGCAACCCAGCUUCGGGAAGCGGCAGUGGCUCAAAUGCUUUGUGAGGGAUGGGACAUCCUGGCAAGUGGAAGGUGUUAGGGCGCUGGGGCUUUGGGUCUUUUUGCUGCUGAUAGCGCUCAUCUAUGCUCAUCAGGCAUUAUUGCCGCAGCAACGUGAUCAGUCAGCCAAGAGAUCUGGCGGUGCAGACCGUCCACCUGCGGCUGCGCUGCAGCCUGUGGAUGAAGUGGAGCCGCUGGAGCCUUUUAAUCACCCUGAAGAAGGUAAAGUGAGCGAGGCACAUUCUAUCAAGGAUCCAUUGGGCAGCUUCGAGAACAACAGCCCACGACCGCCGCCAAGGCCUGGUGACUUCGAGGAGCUUUCCAACGCGCCACACAAUUUGCCAGGGGCAGAUGCAGACCAUUUGCAUGGGAGGUUGGGCUUGAAAGCGGAUGGCUCACUGUUGGUGAGUCCAACUCCACUGCCGCCUGGUGGCCUGUCAGACGAGGAUAGACGUGAUGCCCAUCGGGGGUUCUGUUUCAAUUCGCGCGUGAGUGACUCUUUGCCAUUGGACAGGCAACAGAAAGAUUUCCGGUCGGCGGCCUGCCGGAGAAAGGCAGAAGGAUAUCCAAAAGAUCUUCCAACAGCCACCGUCGUAAUGGUUUUUCACAACGAAGCGUUUUCCGCGCUUGUGAGGUCCGUUCAGUCCGUUCUCAACACUUCCCCGUCGCAUCUUCUGGAAGAGAUCAUCCUCGUGGAUGAUGCUAGCCAUCCUGAUGACUUACGUUUCUACCGCAAGCAUUGGGCCCGUUUGCAAGAUGAACUGUCAAACUACGUCAAGGUCCUGCCAAAAACUCGGCUUGUUCGGCUAAAGGAGCGCAGAGGCUUGAUGAUGGCUCGUAUGGAAGGAGUGUGGAGGUCCACCGCUGAAGUGACAGUCUUCCUGGAUAGCCAUAUUGAGGCAACUAAAGGCUGGCUGGAGCCAAUACUUGCGCGGAUCAAAGAGGACAAGCGCCAUGUGGUCGUUCCCAGCAUCGACACCAUCGGGGCCGAUGACUUGGAGUACCGACUUGGGGGUGGGCUUGGAGUACUAGGCUUUUCAUGGACGCUGGGGCAGGACCCGUACCAGGCUGACAAUGGCCCAGACGGGACUGUUCCCGCCAAGUCACCGGUCAUGGCUGGUGGCCUUUUCGCUUCAGACACCCGGGAGUUCUUGCGCCUUGGAGGCUACGAUCCUGAAAUGCGCCUGUACGGCGGCGAAGAGAUGGAGAUAGGCUUUCGUACAUGGAUGUGCGGGGGUGACAUUGAGUAUUUGCCGUGCUCUCAUGUUGGCCAUAUCUUUCGGACACCGAAGUAUUGGCAAGGCCAGGUCUACAGAGUGCCUGGCGAGGAGAUCUCACGAAACAAGCUACGGACUGCCGAGGUUUGGAUGGAUGAAUUCCAGUCUCUAGUCAAGUUCGCCGCUGGCCCUUUGCCGCCCUCUUUACCCAUUGGCAAUUUGGAACCCAGAAAGCAGCUGCGAAGGAAACUCCAGUGCAAGGACUUUCGCUGGUAUCUCCAGACGGUGACCCCUCACUUAUUCGUUCCCAAGAUCACUCCUGACACCAAGGGUGGCGCUCUGCGAAAUCAAGUUUUGGACGCUUGUUUGGACACACUCGGCAGCCACUUCCCCGGAGAAACCAUUGGAGCCUAUCCUUGUCAUGGUCAGCAUGGAACGCAGGCCUUUGUUGAAGACACGUUUGGAUUGAUGCGAGUGCCACAGCUCGGCUACAAAAUGUGCCUAUCACACGAGGGCACCGUUGUGGCGGUUCGACCAUGCAAGGAUUCAGACCUGAAGCUGCAGUGGUCUUUGGAUCCAGACUUGCAUCUCAAGAGCAGCUCUGGGCAAUGCAUGGAGGUGAAGGAUGCCCACACCGAGAAGAGCCCAUACACCCUCGUGGAGCUCUCCUCAGCAACCAACACUGAACGGGUCGCAGAUUGCAGCAAGAGCCCUUCACAAGAGUGGCAUUGGGCCUGA